AUGGCAGUCAGAGAUGUGCUGGCGACAGUCGCCCAUCCAUACAGCGCCGUCGUUGUCCUUAUGGAUGGCAGCUCCUCGGCUGCCACCCUCUUCCAGGAGAUGGAGACGAGGCGGGUCCCUUGGGGCUGUACGGUGCUACAGGCGGCCACCAAUAGUCCAGUGGAUCCUAACAGCACGCAAGAGUCCAUGGCCAGAGUGAUCAGCGCUGCCCGCGCACAGGUGUCGUGGUGCGUGACAGUGGUGGUGGUGAGUGACGACCUGGCCUUCCUCUCCACCUUCGCCCAGUGGUCCCUCAAGGGUCGCCUCCUGGUGUGGUCCACCAGGCUCCUGGUCGUCACCCGCCUGCCCCUCCACCACCUGCAGGUCCUCCACGGGCUCCUCUCCUCCACCAACUCCAUCUUACUCAUUGCUGAGAAAUCCUCCAGAUUGUACGUGUAUUGGCCGUUCGCAUCAAGUGGGGCCCAGGCCUCACUACUGGCCUCCUGGACCCCUCGGGUCGGCCUGGCCUUCACUACUCAACUCAAGCUCUUCCCUGACAAGUUCUCCAAACUUCAAAAUGGACCUGAGCUAGUAGUAGCAGCUGAGGAAUUUGAGCCUCACAUCGCGUUGGUGAAAGAGAAGAGUGUCACAUCUGCCACAUCCUUCACAGGCCCAAUGGUGAAUUUGUUGAAGAUAAUCGCAAAGUCUGUGAACUUUACGUAUAGGUACGUCCGCCCUCCUGAUGGAUCGUGGGGUGCCAAACUAGCAGACGGGUCCUGGACUGGUAUGGUUGGCAUGGUGGGCAGGGGGGAAGCAGACUUUGGUCUUGGCCCUUUCGGCGUCAGUGCCACACGAGCCGAGAUGGUGGACUUCACGAGGGAGAUACUGACAGAGACUGCAAGAAUCAUGGGGGGUCGAGGGGUGCCAGAGGUGAACCCCUGGGGCUUCCUACUGCCGCUGGAGCCCCUGGUGUGGGCGGCAACCCUGGCGGCACUGGUAAUGCUCUUCACUAUGGUAUACUUCUUGUCGCUGCUCGGGUUAAAAGCGACCAGCAAUAAUGUCUGGUCAUCUGAUGCACCUUUUCUAUACAUUCGCAUUUUCUUACAACAAGCAAAUACUAUUCCUCCGGACCUCAUGUGGGAGCGGCUCACGUUAGCGACUUGGUUGAUAGCGAUGUUGGUCAUAUCGAAGAGCUAUGCUGGCAACCUCAUGUCGUACCUGGCCGUGCGGUACAUACCGCAACCUUACCAGUCCCUUAGGGACGUCCUCGACGACCCCUCAGUCACCAUGAUAUGGGAAGCCAACAAUGCUUACGUCCAGUAUUACCGUGCUGUGCAAUCUGGCAUAUUCCGAGAGAUCGCCGACUCCGAGAAGAAGGGCCGCAUUAAGUACGUGACGAGCACGGAGUUCCCCAGUAGUGUGGACAUUUAUGUGAGGCGAGGCCACCACGUCCUUAUAGCUGAGGACCGCUACGAGAAGGUGCUGAUGGCUCAGGACUUCUCGCGUACAGGGCGAUGUGACUUCUACUCCUCAGAGGCAAGAUUCCUGCCCUUCAUGUCAUCUAUGGUGGGUCAGAAGGACAGCCCUCUGGUGGCCGUCAUCAGCCGGAGCAUCAAGACGGUCACACAGACGGGUCUCUACGACCACUGGACGGAAGCCUACAUGCCCAACGCAACAUCCUGUGCAUACCCGCCCACUAAGAUCACAGUUAACACCUCCCUCGGUCUCCACAACCUCUGGGGCAUGUUCGCAGUACUGGUUGGUGGACUCAGUGUGAGUCUGGUCAUCCUGGGAUUAGAGCUUCUCACCGCAAGACUUCAGAAGCUGUGA